CCAUUUCAAAACAACGCAAAGCUUCGCGUCUCCCUCCGCUCCGCUCCCCUUCCCUCCUCUCCGCUCCAAACCCUAGCCAGUAGCCGCUGCCGGCCCAGAUCCCGCCCCCUUCCCCGGCGCCUCCGUCCGUGCUAGACGCGCCUCGUCGCCGGCUCCCGGAUGGGCCCCGUGGGGCCGCGCGUGGCCGCGGAUCCCGCCGGAUCGGGCGCGCCGCCGCCUCCCAAGGAAUUGGACGGGAGGGGUGCCUCCAUCGGUGGUGCUGCUGAGGGGAGCGCGUCGCGGCCGGUGGUGAUCGGAAUGGGAGAUCUGAGGGCAGGAAUUUCGGAAUCUUCGGAUCAAGAAAAAGCAUGUUUGCAUCCAUGCAACAAGAAGGCUAUUCCUCAAUUGGCUGCUGAAGGUGCCACACAAUGUGGAGAUAGACUAUCUUUAUUGCCUCAGGCUGGGGUAGUUCAGGCAGAAGCUGCUUGUCUGACCUUAGGUCGUGAUUCCAAUGCAGCAUCAGUGGCACGUGGUAAAGAGAACAUUGGGACAGAUCUCCAACCUAAGCCUGAUGCAGAACACGAUGAGAAUAGGAUGAGUGCUGUGCGUCUUGGAUUGGACCUUAACGCAGUAGAUUGUUCUGAUGCAGCAGAGCAUAACCCCUUCUUCCCUUACAAGAAGCUGGGGCAGUCAAAGGUCAGUGAUCCAUCAGAAUGUGGCAGUACUACUGGUGCUACAGAAGAAAGUGAGUCGCAUAGAAAGUGGAGAGAAAUGAAGCAGAAUGGCUUUCUUUCAUCAUCUCAUGGAACUGCAGUGGUGCCUAGGCCACGUGGUCGACCCCCCAAAAGGAAAAGGGACGAUGAAUUCAAAAAGAUCAUUUCAACACAGAAUGGCCAGACUAACAAGUUUAUGAAGGUUGCUGCUCCUAGUGGCCUAUUAUCUGGGUUAAACCCCGGAAUCAUAAACCAUGUGAGAAAUAGCAAGCAAGUUUACUCCAUAAUAAAGGCUAUGGUACACUCCGAGAGGCUUGAGAAUGAGAGCCAGCCUGUUUGUACUAGUCGAACAGGUGAAAGAGGGAAAGAAGUUUAUGAGAGAAUCCAGGACCAGAAAUAUGGGGGUAGUUUGAUGAACUGCCAUUUCAUGAUGAAAGAUAAUAAUGCAGCAUUUCACCAAGGACUGCCUACCGCAUCACAAUUCCUUCCAGAGGAUGGCGAUGAUCUUAAAUUGCAACUCUCAUCAGCAGUCACUAUGGCUUCAGAUAGGACCUGCAGUACAUCAGACAAUGAUCAUGCAUCUAAGCAUGAUUACAUGACUCUAUUGUCAGUAAAAGCGGCCAGUGUUGCUUCUCAGUGGUUGGGACUGCUGCAUCAGGACAUAAGGGGGCGCCUUGCUGCUUUGAAGCGCAGCAGGAAGAGAGUCAGAAAUGCCCUUCACACGGAACUGCCUUACCUGAUAUCAACAGAAUUUUCAUCUAACCAAGAGAAUGAAUCAUCCAUUGCAAAUUCUUCUGAAGCUGGAUGUACUGACAAAGCAGUUUCAGAAGCGCAUGUGGCACGAUGGAAGUCUCUCUUUGUUCAGAUGGACAGAGCACUUCAGGAAGAGGGGAAACACCUGGAGAACCGGUUGAAGCAAGUGCAAGAAAUGCAAUUGAAUUGUGAUAAAGGCCUAAAACACAUGACCUGCGACGCUCCACUGCUGGGACCUAUGGCUGAAUUAUGGAAGCUGAAGAACCUGGAGAUUUCUGAAAGCGAGUGGGCAGUGCAAGCCGCUGCUGCAUCAAUCUACUCGACUUGCAACAUGGUCAUGAGAACCGAAAACGUGCCUUGCUUCUGAAAUCAAAUUUGGAAUUAGUUUCUUGCUUUGCUGAUCUUUACCUCAAAAUUAGGUUCCCUUUCUUUCCUUUAACCUUGUAGGUUGCAAUCCCUUGUUGAUUACAGUAGUGGUGAGUGCUGCUUGAUGUAACGUGAAAAACUUGUGCUGUAUGUUGUUCCCAACUUAAAUUUCACAGGCUCGUGAAAUAACAAAUUCACUUUAUGAAGAUCAAAGUCUUCAGAUGCUACCAUUCUGGCUUUGCUAGUUGGUUGAAAUAGAGAUUGCCAACUUCUC